AACAUUUCUUUUUUAGGGAUUAGAGCAUCAAAACAAUGUGUUAUUUUAUCUUUUAAUUAUCAUCGGAACUUAGGUAGUAGUACGUAAUAUAUGAUACGAGGGGGGGCAUAUGCCAUUGAAGAAGAUAGCACUAGCAUAUGUAAAUAUGUUAUUAAAGAAUGGAUUUAAAUUUUCUGUUAUUUUUCAUACUCUCAAUUUAGUUUAAUUUAUUAUGUACUAACAUGUUAGUUAUCACUUUUAUCAGAUUAUCAAUUAAUGUUUAUAAUAGAUAUUUGCUAUAAUUACUUUAUAAAUAAUCUUGUAUAAAUAUUCAUUAAUAUGACUUAUAUUGCAGCCCUCAUGUUGUUCAGGCACUUUGUUGCCAUGGUUAUACCAAUUAGAUAAAAUAGAAACUCAAAGUCUUUCAACAAAACAGGUAAGUAUUCUGGCAGGAGUGAGGAUGAGUGAAAGUUGCCUAGCAAUAAAGGCGGACCCAAAAAUUAAAGUUUAUGAAUUUUAAAUUCACAACUCAUCUAAGUUAUUUGGAAUCUCAAUUAAAUAUUUAUAAUUAUUAAUAUAUUUCCUAAUACGAUUACAUAAUUUAAACAAAAAUUACUGGAUUCGUCCGAACCCACAAUAGUUUAGCUUCGCCUUUCAGUUAUGAGCUAGCAAACCCUUGUGUCAUCUAUUAUAUCACACAAAAGGUAAGGCCACUUUCCAUUUUGACAUUAAAGAAAACCAAAUAAAACCCAACAGGAAAAAUAUAUCUGUGGCAAUAAAAAUUCAGAAAAUAAAAAUAUAUGAAAAGAAAAGAAUUAUCAUAAUAAGAAGGUGAUGAAAUGUAUGCAGAGAGGUAAGAAUUUAGAGUGCAUGCACGAACCAUGAAGCAACAAUUUAGAAGAAAAGAAAGAGCAGCUCUUCUGCAUGACAAAAAAUAAGAUAUACUCCCCAUGUUUAUGAGAACUUAUUUCCUUUUUGAUCCGUUCCAAAAGAAUGAUCUAUUUUUAAUGUAACAAUUUAGCUUAUACUUACAAUUACACCUUUAAUGAAAAGCUUUUAUAACCACACAAAUAUUCUGGGCCCCCUUUUGACUUGCUUAGGACCACAAAUUCCAAAAGUAUUUCUUAAACUCCGUGCGUAGUCAAAUACGUUCAAAUAAAUUGGAACGGAGGGAGUAUAAGAAAUUACUUGUCUUUUUUUUUUUUUUUUAAUCUCACGCUGGAAACGUAAAUGUCCAUAGGGUAAUAAACGUGAGACCUAUUAUAUUAUGUUGUCUACAUACAUAUAUACACACACAAGAAUGUAAGUGUUUUUUGUGUCUACAUAUAUUUUUGUGUCUCAUAUAGAAUGAGAUAACAAAGCUGUGUGUGAAAAAUAAUUAACAGUCACGGGAGAGCAGCAGAUAGCAUUUAAUAAGAAAAAUAGACUGAUGGUUAGGUAUAACCCACACUAGAACUAUAGUCAUUCUUUUCUUUUGCAUUUAUUCAUGGUUUCAACUAUGUGUAUAUAAAGAGUGAAACAACAAAGCUGUUGGAAUGACAUAAAUUUCUAAAAACACAAACACUUAACAAUUUUGGUAAUAAAACAAAAUAUGUCUCAUAUAGCAGUAGAGAGAAACAGGAGAAGACAAAUGAAUGAACAUCUCAAGGUUUUGCGUUCCUUAACCCCUUGUUUCUACAUCAAAAGGGGGGAUCAAGCAUCAAUAAUAGCAGGAGUAAUUGAAUUCAUCAAAGAAUUACACCUAGUUCUACAAUCUCUGGAGGCGAAAAAGCGACGAAAGAGUUUAAGCCCUAGCCCUGGUCCUAGUCCAAGGCCAAUUUUGCAACUAAGUCCCACACCUGAAAGUCCAUUUAGUCCUAAUAAUAAUAACCUAUUCAAGGAACUUGGAGCAUGUUGUAAUUCUCCAGUGGCUGAUGUUGAAGCAAAGAUAUCAGGAUCCAAUGUUAUAUUGAGAACCAUUUCUAAGAGGAUUCCAGGUCAAGUUGUGAAGAUAAUUAAUGUGUUAGAGAAACUCUCCUUUGAGAUUCUUCAUCUCAACAUCAGCAGCAUGCAGGAUACUGUUCUAUACUCCUUUGUCAUCAAGAUAGGACUGGAGUGCCAACUGAGUUUGGAAGAGCUAGCUGUGGAAGUUCAGAAAAGCUUCUCAUCUGAUGUUCUUUGUAUUAGCGAAAUAUAGAAACUAAAAAGGAAAAAUAUCUAAUGUACACCAAUAUUAUCUUCUUACACAAGCAUUAUCGUUUUAAUAUAAAGUGUAAGAAGCUAAUUUUGGAGCGUAACAAAUAAUUUCCAACAUAAGGUUUCUACUACUUAUAUGCUAAGUAUAGGGCUUAGAAAGUUCAGGAUACUAUAUAUAGAAAGACUUUGUCCUUCCACUAUCUUUUCAUAUGUAAACAGAAGAAAGUAGAUGCAUGCACGUACAAGAAUCAUGCACCUUUACUUCAAUCAGAACACUAGCAUUAGCAAAGCCAAAUAUUAACAGUAUAUGCAAGUGUUUUAGUUUAUGCUUCUUGAGGGA